AUGUUCGGAAGAAGAAGACGCACCCCGUUCCUUACGGCCGCUGUUGUCGCAGGAACAGCCACCGUCGCCUCGAGGCACGGGGCGAGGAAACAGUCCGAGAUGGAGGCACAGAGACAGUUUCAAAUGCAACAAGAAUACGAGUUCCGACGAAACCAGGAAGAGAGGGAGCAGGCCAGGAACCAACAGGCCAUCGACCAAGCCGUGAACGAGGCCCUGGCGAAACAAAAAGCGAGCCAAGGCGCCCAGCAGGGCUCUCCUGCUCCGGCUAUUGCGCAGCCUGCUCCGGCCAUUGCGCAACCUGCGCCCGGUCCUCCUCCGAUGUACAUGGCCGGUGAUGAGUACGCAUCUGGGUCUGGGGCGUACCUCCAGCCGGGGGCUGUUCCGCAACGGCCCCGGAGUACGUCUGCGGCCGAGUCGGGCAUAUGCUUCUGCUCUUGCUGUGGAAAGCAGUGCGGCAUGCAGGACAGGUUCUGUAGCAGGUGUGGCCGGUCCCUACAGGUAGAGAGUGCUUCCUAUGAUCAGCCUGAGAAGCAGGCCAUGUGA